UUAUUUGUUCUAUGUCCUAUAUAUAUUCAUGUUGCUCUGUUGGAGGAGGAAUUCAGUUUCUCAUCUCCAUAUCUCCCCUGGAGCUGCUGAGCACAUGGUGAUAGAGACUUGAAACUUGGAUCUUGAAAAACUGACAGCUUACACGUGUAAAACUUGUCUGUGAUGCACAAUAAAAAAUAAGGUUCCAAGAUGUAUCUGAUUUACUGUCCAAUUGUGUUUACAGUGUUGUACAGGAAAGGACCUCCUUUCUACCACGCCAGUUACUCUGUGGUGAUUGAGCGGGUUGAUGGUGCCUUCAGGGGCUCGGCGUUACGUCCGUUUUCAUGGCGUUCUCUCGCAGCUCUCAGCAGGAUCACAGCCAACGUCUCCAAGGAGCUGAUGCUGUGUUACAUCAUCUAUCCUACCGGCCUAUCAGAAGCCGAGCUGGACUCACCUGUGUGUCUGAGCAGACUCAGUGUUCAGGAAGUGAUCGUCAGCAGGUGGGUGUCCUCCAAAGAGCGAACGGAGCAGGAAGACAUCUGAUUGGCCGACGCAAGGUGAUGUCACUGUGUGAUGUCACAAAGAGACUCAUGACAUCAGCCAGAAGAGGCUUAGAUAUAUUUUUACCUUCUUUUUGUAUUAAAGUGUCAAAAACAUGAUGACUUUGAAAGAUGAGUGUCCCUGAAAGCAGCACAGGUCCUCACAAGGACUCAAUGACCAGGGAGUGUGUGAGUGUCCCUGAAUGCAGCACAGGUCCUCACAGGUUCUCACAAGGACUCAAAGACCAGAAAGUGUGUGAGUAGUCCUGAAUGCAGCAUGAAUACCAUAUUGAGUCACGGAGUGUAAGAGUGUCCCUGAAUGCACCAUGAGUCCUCAGAAGGAGUCAAAGACAUGGGCCCAGUCUCAGGUCGGUUAAGUUAAAUCCUUGCUUCCCUCACUUGCGUCGUUUCCCUGUGUUUAGUCCCUCUCUCCAGGGAAGCAUGGAGGGACGCAAGG